GUUUCCGGUGUUGUUUAAUGCUGCGGGACCGAGCCUCGCUCUGUGGAGGGAGAUUUAACUUGUGCUUAGCUUAGCUUAGCAUUCCUCACUCUCGAGCAGCAGCGUUUCCAGCAGGAUGGAGACGAGUGAAGACAUCAGGACCACGCCGAGGGGCUUCUACUGCAAACUGUGCAGCAUUCACACCCCUAACCGGCCGAGUCUGGAAGCACAUUUGAAAGGAAAGAAGCACCAGCACCUCUGCAGGCUGCGGAGCAAGAGGGAUGCUCAGGUGGAGAGCAGCAUCUAUGUCAGCGGCAUUAAACCGACUACAUCCAGGACGGAGCUCGCUGAGUAUUUUGAGCAGUUCGGCCCUGUGUCUGAAAUAAUCAUGGACAAGGACAAGGGUUUGUACUCCAUAAUCGAGUUCAGUGAAGUUAAGAGCACGCAGGCUGUGCUGACUCAGCUGGAGCACCGCCUGCAAGGACUGAAGCUCCGGGUGAAGCCCAGAGAGAAGAAGGAGUUUAAGCUGGCCAGCAAGCCGCCGGACGCCAAGAAAUCCCAUAUAAAUUUGGAGAAGCUCAACUAUGAUCUGUGCCAAACUGCCUCUGUCAAUGAGCAGAUGCAAAAAGUGGUGGAGACCCUACAGCUGAGUGAAAGUGACCAAAACAGUCGAGAGCUUCUUGCUGAGCUGCUGGAGGAAGUGUUUACAGAGUUCCUGCCAGACUGCCAGAUCAUACCUUUCGGCUCCUCUGUGAACACGUUUGGUGUUCAGUCAUGUGACCUGGAUCUGGUCUUGGACCUGGAGAACACGAAAGCCUUCCAAUCUCAGGCAAAGAAAUCUGAGAAGAAAGGAGAACAUAAUUCUGAGGACGGUGACUCUGAAGACUCCAUUCUCCCAGAGAUUGAUCUCAACACAGCCACCCCGGCCGAGUUGCUGGACUUGGUGACGGCCGUUCUGAGAAAGUGUGUGCCAGGAGUUUACAAGGUCCAGCCUCAGAAGACAACGCGACUUCCUUUGGUCAGGUUCAUCCAUCGUGACCUCAAUCUACAGGGGGACAUCACCAUAAACAACAGACUGGCAGUCAGAAACACCCGUUUCCUGCAGCUUUGUUCUGGGCUGGACUCCAGAGUGCGACCGCUGGUCUACACAGUGCGAUUCUGGGCCAAACAGAAACAUCUAGCAGGGAAUCCUUUUGGCGGUGGGCCAUUGUUGAAUAACUAUGCCCUAACGCUGCUGGUCCUGUUCUACCUGCAGAAUGUAGACCCACCUAUACUGCCUACUGUGGAGAAACUCAAGAGCAUGGCAUGUGAGGAGGAGGAGUGCGUUAUUGAUGGUUGGGACUGCACCUUCCCCAGUCAGCCAAUUAGUGUUCCUCCAAGUAAAAACACAGAUGAUCUCUGCACUUUGCUUCACGGUUUCUUCAGCUUCUACUCCAAGUUUGAUUUCUCUGGAUCCGUGGUGUCUCUGCGAGAGGGUCGUUCUCUCCCCAUCGCCAGCUUCCUCAGCAGGGAUGAGGAGAUGCCCGAUACUGCAGACAGCUCCAGCUCCAAACACAAAAAAGCUGCUGGUCCAAAACUGGGUCCUGUAAACAUCCUGGACCCGUUCAACCUUCACCACAAUGUGGCAGGGAACCUCAGCGAGCGGACACACAGACACCUCCUCCGAGAGUGCAGCGAAAGCGAGAAGUACUGCCGCAGUCUACAAUACCAGCGCAAGUCUGCCAAGGGCAAAUCCUGGGGCCUGGUGCGGUUGUUUGCCCCUCGUGUCGAGGGUGGUGCUGGAUCCCAGGGUGGCACAGAGAGGUCCCUGAAAAUUAGCGUCCCCUUCAAGGCCUCUGUUUUGCCUGAAUCCCUAAACAAGAAGUUGAGCUCGUCUGGAGACGCCUUCCGGCUCAUCUGGUUUAAGCAGCUGUGCUCUGCGGUGGAGGCUUUGUUUAAAGACAUUCUCAAGUGUACCCCCGCUGAGGAGCCUGUGAGCACUCAAGAGCAGACCAAGACUGGAGGAGGUGAAGAGGAAGUGAACAAUAAUGACAGUCUUGAAGGUUCCAGCAAACAAGCAGCAUCCAAGCCUGGGAAAAAGAGGCCUUUGCCAGCUGAAGAAAGCUCAUCUUCCUCCUCCUCAAAGGGAAAAAGACGAAGGCUGGACUCUUCAGCCAACCUCCCAGAAAAGGCCUGCUGGUUCUGGGCUCAGAGACACAAGGUGUGGGCCGGCCGCAGGAAGGUCCGAAGAGAUCUGCUGAACACGAGCGACGAGGCCUCCAAGCCUGAAGGAGGGUGUAGAAGCAUUGAAAGCAGGGUAACGCAGUGCAUCAUUGAGAAGGAGGAGGACCCCAAAGAUCUGGUGGAGUUCAAGGUGGACGCGGAGGUAUUGGGUGGAGGAGAAAACACAAAGGCAGUGCUCAAGUUUACGCCGACGAAUGACCUUGCAGGAUAUUUUCAGGACUUCUUUCAUUUUCUCGAGUCAUUUCUGCCUAAGAUGGUGGAAACACUGCUAUCAAAGCCAGAGUAGUUUUUUUUGUUGUUGCUGUUUCUGAAUGUGUUUGCCCUCAAUACACAUGUCCUCAUUAUUGUUUUUGCGGUUAAUACAGGUUCGAAAUAAAUUUUGAACUACUUUUGUAGUGGUAAUAAAAUGCCUUGAAAGAGUUAUAAUCGAGAUAUUACAAAAAAUUUGGUAAUUAACGACAAUCCUUUGGCAUGGUUUUGUUGAACUAGUUUUCUUCCUUUGUUGUUAAGUUGUUAAUUAAGAUUAAUAAUUGUUACUUUUUCUUGUACAACGAACGUUUUGUUAUGAACAUUUUAAUAGUUUCUGUUUAUGUUGUGUUUUGGGUUGAUUUAUUUUCAUACAAAAACUAAUGUUUGUGCCCAAGUACAGAUUUCAGCUUACUGAAAGUAGAGCAAGCUGAACACAAAGCUUAUUAAACAAGAAAAUAAGCGAAAAUUA